GAGCCAAAGGAGCGUCACUGAAUACGUUUAUUUGACGCAUGCGUAGUGGCAUACCGGCGACGGCAGCAGAAGCAGUGGCUUAGCGAUUUAGGGGAUUAUAAAACCUAAACUGACAGGCUACAAAAUGAGUCAGGGGAAGGAUAAUGCACGACUGAAGAGCUACAAGAACAAGUCUCUCAACACAGAUGAGAUGAGAAGAAGGAGGGAAGAGGAAGGCCUGCAGCUCAGAAAACAGAAGAAGGACGAACAACUAUUUAAAAGAAGAAAUGUUGCCACUGUGGAGGAUGAUGGUGCCCUGGAGGAUGAUGGAAUGGCAGAUAGUGGUUAUCUGGAAUCCCAGGCUAACAACAUGGACCCAUUUGGGGGUGGGGUCAUUUCUGAGGACAUGAUUCAGAUGAUUUUCUCCAGCACUCCAGAGCAGCAGCUAAUAGGCACACAACGCUUUAGAAAACUCCUUUCUAAAGAGCCCAAUCCACCUAUUGAUGAGGUCAUUGCCACUUCAGGGGUGGUGGAGCGUUUUGUUGAGUUCCUAAAAAGAAGAGAAAAUUGCACAUUGCAGUUUGAAGCUGCGUGGGUUUUGACCAACAUUGCUUCAGGCACAUCCCACCAGACUAGGGUCGUAAUCCAGGCAGGAGCUGUUCCCAUAUUCAUAGAGAUGCUCGCCUCGGAUUUUGAAGAUGUGCAAGAACAGGCAGUGUGGGCUUUGGGUAAUAUAGCAGGUGAUAGCACAGAAUGCAGAGACUUUGUCAUAGACUGCAAUAUUCUACCAUCCCUGAUCCAAUUAUUGGCUAAACAGAAUCGUUUAACAAUGAUGAGGAAUGCAGUUUGGGCACUGUCUAACCUGUGCAGAGGCAAAAAUCCUCCUCCUGACUUCUCCAAGGUGUCCCCCUGUUUGAACGUGCUUUCUUGGCUGCUGUUUGUCCAUGACACAGACAUCCUUGCUGAUGCAUGCUGGGCACUCUCCUACUUAUCUGACGGCCCAAAUGACAAAAUCCAGGCUGUUAUUGACUCAGGAGUUUGUCGCAGACUGGUGGAACUGCUGUUGCAUUCUGAUUACAAGGUGGUUUCCCCUGCUCUGAGGGCCGUUGGAAACAUCGUCACUGGAGAUGAUCUGCAGACACAGGUGAUUCUGAACUGCUCAGCCCUUCAGUCACUACUUCACCUGCUCAGCAGCCCCAAGGAAUCUAUUAAAAAAGAAGCUUGCUGGACAAUCUCUAACAUCACAGCAGGGAAUCGAGCACAGAUACAGAUGGUAAUAGAUGCAGGUUUGCUGCCACCUCUCAUUCACAUCCUUCAGGUGGCGGAGUUUCGCACGAGAAAGGAGGCAGCAUGGGCCAUUACUAAUGCCACUUCUGGAGGUUCUGGAGAUCAGAUUAGGACUCUUGUGGAACUCGGUUGUAUAAAACCUCUGUGUGAUUUGCUCACACUAAUGGAUUCCAAAAUAGUUCAAGUGGCUCUAAAUGGUCUUGAAAACAUCUUGCGACUGGGAGAAAUUGAAGCCAAAAGAGGUGGUGGAAUCAACCCUUACUGUGCCCUCCUGGAGGAGGCCUACGGCCUCGACAAGCUGGAGUUCCUCCAAGGUCACGAGAACCAGGAAAUCUACCAGAAAGCAUUUGACCUGAUUGAGCGCUACUUCAACAGUGAAGAUGAAGACCCGUCUCUGGCCCCGGCCGUGGACCUGCAGCAGCAGCAGUUCCUCUUCCAGCAGUGUGAAGCCCCGAUGGAGGGCUUCCAGCUAUAAUGUUAACCCUUCGCUCCUCCUGAGCUCCUCCGUCAUUCCCACCUAUGUUCACUUCUGUCAAUCUCUGCCCGCUGGCAAGAUCAAGGGUGGUGUUAGCUUCCAGCAGCCGCUCCUCAACGUGCUGUUAGCGAGGUGGGAUUAAUCAUAAUUGCAUUUAUUUAAAAGAGAAAAAAAAAAAGAAUUUAAGACAACAAGAGCACGCGUGUCUGCAUACGUCGGACAUGGGUCAGUUUCUAAAGAAUAAUCAGCCAGUUUGUGAAGGUUCUGCUUAUUUUUCUGUGUUGUGCCGACUUUCUUAGAAUUUGAACCUUUCAUGACCCGCUCCGGUUCCUGUAUACCCCACUAGCACAUUCUAACACCACUCAUUUCUCUUUCGAUUACUUUCCGUGCUCAUCCAAAUGGAGGAUCCCCUCCACACUUGGCGGGUUUCCUGCUUCGUUUCUGAGUUGGUUGAAGUGUUUGGGCUGCACCACUUGUCUAAAGCAUUAAUGGACUUGCAAGACAUACCUGGACGGGAUCUACGCUCUCACUCCAGCUUCACGCGCAGAGAAUAAUCUAACCUGAACACUGGACUGACCGCACCAUGUUGACCACAAGUUUGACUGUGCCCCUGGGGCGGGAUCACGGGGCUCGGCGGACCUCCCUGGAAGGCACUAAAGUGACUUCAAAGCGUGAGAUUGAAUUCCCUUCUCUCUAAUUGCGGAUGGACAAAUUAAAAACUUGACUUUCGCCAAGGAGUUAGAACUUGGCAGUAACAAAGCACACUGCUUGGAUUCCCUCCUGGAUCUCAUAUCAUUCCUCUAACCAGUAUUGGGAUACCUUCACCUGCACAGGCUCCAUUAUCGAGUUUAAACUGCCUCCUGCCUUCUGGUGUGAUGUGAAUAAACCCAUGGAACCAUGGGAAAUAGGAGUCUUCCCUUGCACUGAAACUAUUGGACGGACUUGGACGAGACGAAAACGGACUAUAUAGAAUCCUGGAUUCAGUCCAGCAGCAAACCAGCGAGAAUUUUUACUAAACCAGUUUCAUUUGCAGCACUUUAGUUCUGGCCUGUUGCUUUGCUCAUUGACAGGAAUUUCCUUUUUCGCUUUUAUUUGGAUGAUAACAUUGCUCUUCCCCUCUUCUGGAUGCAAGGGAUAAAAGGUAGUGUACUGAGGGUGCCCCCCCCUCCCCGCUCUAAACUAGCUUACACUGUUUACGCUUUCUAGUUGGGGAAUCAAGGUAACUGUGGACUAAAGCUGUCAGUAGAAAAUGUGUCACAAUCAGAGCAUCAUGCUGCCUAAACUAGACAAGAUGUAGUUGCUUAGAAAAAAAGUUGACCUGAAAAUAUUUAACUUUCUGGCACAGGUUGAGGUAGUAUUUUCUUUAUUAAUCUCAGCAAAUCAAUCUUUUUUUUUGGUACUUGGUGUGAUGCGGUCUUUAAUCAAAGGCCUUUUAUUCUUAAAUUGGGGGAUUAUUUCAUGUCACGGUGCCAUAAUUUGAUUAGAACACAAAUUCUUCCCAUAAUCCAAACAAAACAAAAUUUAAACUUGAAGAAUCUUAGUGGUCCUUAGUUAGCACAACUGAAUGUUUGUUUACCAAGUUCUCUUUAUCAUUUCAUUUAUCGAAAUAUCAGAAAGAUGUCCAAAUUAUUUUUCUGUUCAUUACUGUUGCAUUGAGUUUGUGCAUCUGUUGCCUGUUAUUCCAUUUGCAUAAAAGAUGUUUCAUG